CACGAAUAUUAGAACAAUCAAAAGCAUAUAAUCGGCAUUUUGCCGUGUUAUGUGGUUGUUAUCCCUCAAUCGAUGUAAUUGAAUGUCUUCGUAACAAAAGUGCUGCAGACAUUCUUAAAUAUUCGAGUCUAAUUAAGUAUGAUGUACCAACAUACUUAAAUAAACCACUUACUGUUGGUUUACCAUGGGACGCUACCUUAAAUCUUCCUUCAUUUUACCUACAGUAUGGUAAUGUGGAUUUUAUCAAUCGGUAUGCUUCUCAAAUUACUAUACCAGUUAUUUGGGGCAUUGAUAAAGAUGAAGGCACAUUGUUUAUUGAUGAAGCAGUAAACAAAUCGGUUUCACUUUAUUAUCUUAUAGCUAAAGGAAUCGUUGGUUUUUUAUGGUUUCCACAAAAUGUAGAUAAAAUAUCAGAACUUUAUAAAAUUAAUAAUCCACUCCAGGCAGACUAUCAUGAUACACUUGCUCAAAUUCUUGGUGAUUAUGCAUUCACUUGUCCUAUGCGUAGUAUGAGUAGAUCACUUACACUUGCUGGCAAUGCAAAUAUAUAUUUAUACGUUUUUGAUUAUAUUAUUCAGGCAGUUGAAUUACUUUAUGGUUCAUCACAUUGGGCCCCAGAUUGUUAUUGUCAUGUAUGUCAUAAGAGUGAAAUGCCAUUUGUUUUUAAUCCACCAAAUGUAUCAACUAUUUUAUUUACUGCUGCAGAAGAAACCUUUGCUCAAUCGAUUGGAUGUCGUUGGACAAAUUUUGGAAAAACAGGAAAUCCCAAUAGUUUAUCAUGCGCUUCACCUACAUGGAAUACGUUUUCAAUAAACACCAACACAAGUCUUAAUCUUACAUUAGAUACUACAGGAUAUGUCAGCAAUUACCGUGGAAAUCCAUUUUGUGAUUUCUGGGAUAAUCUAGGUUAUACUUUCUAA